GUAUUUUAAUAGCCUGUUCACAGAACUUUUGUGUAAGGCAGACAAACAAUUGCUACCCAGACAAUCAAGUUUUUAUUUUAGUUCAUUUACUUUUUUCGUCUGGGAAAAAAGCUCUUUUUACUUAUUGCCCUUCUGUCAAAAAUUUGUUUAUGUUUCCAAAAAGAAAAUUUGUUUAUAUUUUUUCAAAAUGAUUGCCUCCGUUGGUUUUGGACUUUCCAUUUUAAAUAAAAGUAUGAAUAGGGGUGACGGAAAUAUCAAUCUUUUUCGUCAAUUGCGCGAUGCCACAAACGUAUUGGAACUUCCAGAAGAAAGAUUUAUUGCCAAUUUUCGAGUAAGUAAGGAUGUGUUUUUGAUGCUGUUGGGUGAAAUGGAGCCACAAAUGAAACGGAAUACCAGGAGCAGCAGUGUUCCACCAAUCGUAAAAGUUUCAACAUUUUUAAAAUUUUUGGCAAGUGGUGGCUACCAAUUUUGUGUUGGAAAUGAGAGUGUCUCAUAUAUGUCAAAGGCCAAAGUUUCGGAGGUGAUAAGCGAAUGCUUGAACAUUGUGGAGCAGCACAUAUGUGCUAAAUGGAUUCGUUUACAAAAAACAUUAGGUGAGGAAGACGAAUGUAAACAAAGCUUUUUCAACAGCGCUGGUGUACCAGGAGUUGUAGGAUGCAUAGACGGCUCCCAUGUUCGAAUAAAGUCCCCUGGGCAACAACAACAGCAUUUAUAUUAUAACCGUAAAGGUUACUACAGCAUAAAUGUAAUGGUGAUAUGCGAUCAUAAUAUGGUAAUAAAUUACGUAGAUGCUAGACAUCCAGGUGCAAAUCACGAUGCAUUUGUGUGGGACCAGAGCGAUGCACAUGAUCAUUUUAAAAAUAAUUUUAUUCGAGGCAAGAGGAAUACAUGGCUGUUAGGGGACUCUGGAUACAAACUUCAGCCCUAUAUGAUGACGCCAUACCGGAAUCCUUCAAAUGCCACCGAAAGGAACUACAACAAGAAACAUUCAAAAACUCGAAAUGUUGUAGAACGGUGUUUUGGUGUUCUAAAGAAUAGGUUUAGGUGCAUCAUAGGAUCGAGAGGGUUGCAUUACAGUCCCGCCAAAGCAACACAAAUUAUAAACACGUGUUGUGCUUUGCACAACAUAUGUAUAUUUUAUAAGAACCAUUUGUUACCAAGUGAUGCUAUGUUCCAAAAUGAAAAUGAAGAUUUUGGUAGUUUUUCCUCUGGCGAUGAAACGGCAGCUAUUACAAUUAGAGACGAAAUAGCUUUAAAUCUGUUAAAUUAAAUAGUUAAAAAUAAUUAAAUAAAUAAACAUAAAUAAUAAAAAUGUAA